GCAAAGCAUUUUCUUGAUAGACACAGUUGGCAACACCUGUCUGCAGAUUAUCCGAGUGUAUUCUGACUGUCGGAAUUAAUACCUGUCAGUGUUUCCUGUGUCGCGUGAAAGUUUCGGCUGUUUUUCUGUUCUCUUAUAUAUUACAAUCACGACGUCGCUAAGAUCAUUUUUGGCAAAGAUUUUGUCAGCUGCAGCGGCGGUUAAUUAUGAAGGGAUGAUAGAGAAACUUGUACCCGGUGGAACUAAAGAUGUCACCAUAAGGGAGUCGUUUAGUAACCACUGGGUACAAGAAUCGGAUGGAAACUUUUUUGAAAAUUUCACGGCCCUCUCGUGGAAACAAGAAAAUCGAAGAUUGCAAGUAGCCAGAGAAAUCGAAAGCCUAAAAGAUGAAGCUCUCCCGAAAGAAAGCGAAGUGGGUGUUUCUUUCGUCCCUUACAAGAUCGGGAAGAAGGAAAAAGACGAAUUGUACGUGGAAGUGCUAUACACCAUCAAACACAAGAUAGGGGCCAACGGCGGCGAUUAUUCCGUCUACGCGGAGGAUCUAUACGAUUACGCUCAAAAGGCUUUCUGCGUGUCCCAGGAGACGCACAAACGUCUAUUUGCCAUCGCUCAGGAAGAACAGGUAAGCUUCUAA